AUGAAGGAUGCAGUUAGUAACAUUUUAGAGCAAUUUAAUAAUCGUUUUGGUAAAUACCCAAAAUUCGCCCAGUUUGAUCAAGGCACAGAGUUCUACAACAAAGAAGUAAAGUCAUUGCUCAAUAAACAUAACAUUGAGUUUUUCUCUACUUACUCAGAUAAAAAGGCCGCAGUUGUGGAAAGGUUUAACAGAACACUAAAAGCGCUAAUGUGGAAGUACUUUUACAGUGCCAGUACAUAUAAAUGGUUAGAUGUUCUUCAAGACUUAACUGAUAAUUACAACAGUUCAGUGAACAGAUCAAUUAAAACAACACCAGACAGUGUAAAUGAGUCCAACUGGACUGAAGUAUGGAAGACACUUUUCAGUCACAAUUUAGGCAAGCCGUCAGAACCAAAGUUUGCUGUCGGAGAAAGUGUUAGAAUUUCAAAGUACAAAUCAGUGUUCACAAAAGGGUAUGAAGCAAAUUUCACAGAGGAGUUGUUCACUGUGACGGAAGUGUAUCACGGCCAUCCAAACACGUACACAAUAAAAGACAGUGAUGGUGAACCAAUAAUUGGUAGAUUUUAUGAACAAGAACUGUAUAGCGCUGAAGGAAGAGAACCUGAUUUCAGAAUAGAGAAAGUACUGAGAAGAAGAACAGUGAAGGGUAAAAAGAUGGCUCUCAUUAAGUGGUUAGGUUAUGAUGACAAAUUUAACAGUUGGAUACCAGCUAGAGACAUCAAGUCCCUAACAUAAGUUAAAGUAUUAUGGAGGACUACGAGGACUACGAUGACAUUGAGUUGGAGGAGACGGAAAAAAGUUAUCCUCAAUAUGACGACCUCAAUUAUGAUGACCUAACGACAGCUUUUAGUAGGUUAGAUACAAAGGUGAAGGGAGAGGCUAUGUAUGGUGAUGAUCCUAUAGUGAUAACCAAUCUUAAAAGUGAAUUGGACUAUGUAAGGAAUCUCAUGGAGAGACGUGCAAUAGAAGAAACAACUUUCACCGAAGGAAAUGAUGGUACAGUGAACAUUUCAGGUCCAUCAGGAAGCACAACCGUUCAAGGAGUCAACUUUGUGGAAGACCCAAACAAUGUACUUCCAGAUGUGCUAGAUGCAUUCAACGAAUCAUUUGACGCUGAUUGGGAUGAAAUAGAAGCCCGCCUAGAGAAACUAAAUAAGAUUUCAACAGCAAAUAAAAAGAGAGAUUUCGAAAACCAAGUGGAGCGUGUCUAA